CAUUUUUUUUGAAUUGAAUAUUUUUUGAUCGUUCAAGUAGUGUUUAAGUUUAUAUAUCAGUACUAUGUGAAAAAAUCAAAUGUUUAUAUAUGUUUCUUUGAUCUGCUGCGUAAAAUUCGAAAGCUGCGUAUAGAUUAUCUCUAAAUUUUUUCUCUCGCUGCGUCUUUAUCUUAAAAAAAAAUUCUUAAAAGUAUUCCAAAUACCUGGUAGAUUUUUCUAGAUAACCUGGAAACCGGUCAAGAGAAUUGCAACGGCCGCUGCAUUGAUAAAGCUUAAAAUUAAAAGAACGAAUAGGCGGAAUAGUAUAAAAUUUCGGGUGGCUUAAACCGGCUGGUGGCUUAGCAUAAGAGGAUAGAAAAAAUUAUAAAAGGAGUGCAAAUAUUUUGACCUUUCUCUUCUACUUAACUUUUUUAUUUCCAGUCCUCCGCUUUUUUCUCUUUCAAUUCCCGCAGUUGGAGAUUUGCGCAGUAUAAUCAUUCAAAAAAAAGAUGGAAGAACAACAGAGUUUGGAUCGUGAGGAUGUCCUCUCUUUAAUCACUAGCUAUUUAACCUACUUAACCUUUUUAAAAGGGUUGAAAGGAUAUCUUGGUAUCUUGGUUGCUGAGAAAGUAGAAAUAUUUUUUAUUUUGGAAAUUGAAAUUAUAGUUUGGAUUGGUUUUUUUUUUUUUGAGAUUAUUUGGUUAUGUAGAAAGGUUGUAGACAGAGUUAAAGUGAAUAUACAAGAGAAAUUAUAGAGAGAGAAAUAGUUGAAGUAGGAUAAUAGGAAGAAGUACUAUUUGACUUUCUUUAUACGUAAUGGUUAAUAAUUUUAUUUUUGAUAAAAUUUUAUUGAUCCAUUUUAAAUAUUUAUCAAGUUUAAUUGAGAUGAAAAGAAAUAUCUGAAUUAAUUUUUCUUGUAUAAUUAAUUAUCAACACUUUUUUUUCUUUCAUCUUGAAAAAAA